AUGUUUGCAUUCUAUUACCCAAAGGCAACAUUAUUUCGAUUUUGGUAUCAUCACCAUUUUAAGAUUGCUUUACCAAUUUUGAUUCAAAAUCAACAGCUGGAUGUCGCGAGCUUAUUUAAUGUGCUCCUUAUCAUAUUGCUCACGAUAAUACUAUUAUGCUAUACCGAAAGAAUUGGAGAAAUUCAAAUCUAUAAGGCUAUUAAAAUAUUUAAUUAUACUUUUAUCCUAAUUGCAUUUUCAAUACAUCACCUGAGCCAAUUUGUAUUCCUCAUAUGCAUACUAGUCUAUGAUGGGAUUAUAAUUCUGUAAGUUUUUGGAUUAUCAAUUGUCACAAAUUAAGAAUUUAUCAAAUUUUAAACCCUAACCUUAAUAUCAAUGACUCGUUUUAUUGUACUUUUGAUGCUGUUUUUUAUUCAAGUCACAGACCUCUUGCUAGUAGUCCCUCUCCUCUUAUUUUUAUCCAUCGUCGUUUUGAACAAGUACAUCCACCAUAAAAUCUAAUUCGUUUUGCAAGAAUAACCCUUCAAAUUGAGUUCAAUGAUCCUAUUGCAAUUCACAUAUCAAUUAGGACUGUAUAUAGGAUUGCUGUACAUAUCUCAAAUACUUGUAACUCAUUCCAAGGAUUGCAAUCGUCCUGAGUGCUUUUGCAACAAGGAAAUUUCGAUUAAUAAAGAGGAAACGUGGAAGAGUCCAAAAACUAUGUUAAGAUAAAGUCUUAAUGAAAUUCUUUGUGAAAUCGUGAGAUUGUAUAAGUUCUCGAAGAUGGAAGAUUCAGAGGAAUAUCUUCUCUUGUUAAGCAGGAUCGAAAUCGAAUACAGAAAUGAUAAACUCUUUGAAACCUUGAUCAGAAGUUCCAAGCUGAGUAAAACUACAUUCUUUGGCUAUACGAUAUUUCCGUAUUAAUUUCGAAUUUAAGGUCACCGGGAUAUGUUUUAUCAUAAAUUAUAGUCUAAAAUAGAAGGUGUUAGACUUAAUAGUUAUAUUUAUUACACAUACUGCAAUUUAGUUGAAUAGGUAGGAUAAAUGAUUGUGAAGCUAUUGAAUCAAAGACAACAGAUAUUAACAAUGUUCACCAUCCAAUACUAAAAUCCACUCUAUUAUUUGUAUCAUAAUCGAUUGCUUCAGUAUAUCAGUUUAUACGAAAAGUGCGAAUCUUAAUUACAACAUAUUCUAAAACUAAAUCCAUAAUCUUGUGUUACAUAGAAUUUAGUAUAGGCUCUAUAUUCAAUAGUUACAUUUCAAGAAGAAAAACUAAAGUAAAUAGAAGUAAAUCAUAAUUUGAUGACUAUUUAAAUUGAUUCUCUUUGGUCAACUCUCAAUGAUAGGCAAUGUUGCUAUGUGUAAUGCAAAUAUGAUAAAGGACUGAUUAUGAUUAAUCACUCAGUGCUCUUCACUUCAAUAAUGGAAGAAAAUGGUAUUAAGUCUGACUUUGUGGGACAGUACAUUGAUAAAUUGAUAUCAAGUCCAUUCAAAGAGGUUCACCAUAUAUUUUUAUAGAGAUUAAUACAUGAAGGCAAACCAAGGUUGUUGAACAAUGGAAUUUAACAAUUUUUCAUAAAUACAAACAAGGGAUACUUGAGAUAAAUAGAUAGUCUUGUCAGACUCGGUUAAAGUAUGGAAUAUUUAACAUUUAUGACGAUUAUGGGAUAUAAAUAGGAAGAAACAUACGGAAAGAUUCUAUUGAGUAGUCUCGGUACUAUUUAUUCUUAUUCGGAACUGGCUGCGUAAUAGUUGCAUCUAGAUAAAAUAUUAAAAUCCCAUAAUAAAGUGCAUAUCAAUUUGAAAUUGUGCAUACCAAAAUGUUCGAGCAUGAAUGAAGUAAAUGAUGGAUUCAUACUGAUUCCAAGGGUGAAUUUAGUCAAAUAGGAUUAAGUAUAAAAAUCAAUAUCAACAAGUAAACUUGAUUAAGUAGCGUUUUAUAAGUACUUCCUAAAAUGUCCAAAAAAAUGUUAUGUGUUCUUUUCAAUCUACAAGUUCAGUACUACCAUAUAUGAUGACGGUAAUUUGCAAUUUGAAACACUCUUCAUUUAUUAAUCCACUGAAAUUAAGGACCUGGAAUUAAAGAUGAUAGCCCUUGAAUUAAUGCUAAAGCAAGUUAUGUUGAACAACCAAAUCUCAUAAGAAAAUUAUUUUACUAGUUACACUUCCUUUAAAUCCAUAAUUCCUGAUAUCAAAUAAAAUGUACAAGCUCCUCAUAGUCAUAAGAGUAAUUCAUAAGAGAUCGAUGAUGGAGAUUUCAUUAUUAGCAAUGAGAGCAUUCACAUCUAAUAAGAACCAUAGACUGUCUAACUCUACCAAUUCAUGGGGUUAGAACAAAAUGAAGUACUGAUAGAAUAGAAGAACAACUAAGUUAAUCAUUCCUCCAUGAUUGCCAAUUCCUUUUAAACCUAAGAUUAUUUGCUUUCAAGUAGGAGAUUGAAUGAUCUCAGUGCUAGGGAUUCUAAAAGAGAAAGUUAACUGUUAAUUCAUUAAAAUCUGGCUAAUAUCCAAACCAUAUCACAUCAAGAGAAAGUAGUUGAAGGGAAUGAAGAUGAGAUAGAGAUAGAUUCCCCAGAGGAAAUGAAAGUGUAAGUGCAAAUGGAAAUUUCAAUCAAAGAUCUAUCUGAAUCGUGUUUGAAAGAAUAAACUGAUUGGAUUAGGUCUAUGUUGAGAUUAAAAAAAGGCUAAAUAGAAAAGAACUAUAAGUAGAAACUUACUACGUAUAAAAAAGCAUCGCUUAAUAAAUUAAAUUUGGAAUAACAAUCAUCAUCAAUAAGAAGCACAGAUUCAUAGAAAGGAUUGAUUAAUCAUGUGGUCAAUGGGAUGAUUCAAUCUAAUCCUCAUUAAUUUUAUGGCAUCCUAGUAAUUGCUAUAUUUUACAUAGUUCUACUUCUUAUUCUAAUAGUUUUGAGUAUAACUGAAUUAUAGAAUCAACUACAUCAUAUCUAUUUAGAUUCCAGUGCUGGGCAGUUUUCAAUAACAUUGCUAUAGGAUAUCAAUUUGGUUGAAAUUGCAAUUCAUUUACUUGCAAUCAAUUCUACCUUUGGUGCACCAUAAUUUUACAUCGAAAACUCAACCGAUGAUUAUAUCAAUUAUGUUCAAACUGUCAAUAAUCGUUAAUACAUAAACCCAGAAUUCCUGUAAAAUUUAGAAUAAACCCCUAUUAAGAUCAAUCAUACAUUUUCUAAUUUUGGGGUUUAUGAAUACAUCACAUUUAAUACAAGACGCUAUCUGGUAGAUUCUCUGCCUUUAUUGUUCCAUAGAAUAACUGAAGUAGUUGCAUUUGAAUAAUCCAAUUUUAAUAUUAUGCACAUGGAAGAAAGUUAUUUCACAUUAAAUUAUCCCAUCUACUUUAAUUUGGCCUCAAACCUAAUUAAUUCCACUGAUCAUGAGAUGACUGAUACUAAAAAUGCAGCCUUAGAUAUUGCCUUGAUUUAUGUUAUCACAGGAUUAUUAUCUUGUCUACUAAUCGUAAUCUUAAUUGGCUUUGCAGAAAUUUCGAUUGCUAAAUGGAGAGUUUCCAUUGUCAGAACAUAUUUCCUAUUCCAAAAUUUGUAAUAAUCUCUCGUCUAAUAAGAAAGGGAGACACAUAAUCUACUAAUCAUUGAUGAAUUACAACACAUGAAAUACAAUGUAAUUAAAUUAGAGAAGCAGGCCUAGUAGGUCUUAAAAAAUGAAUAGAGAAUUUUUGAUACCAAAUUGAAGUAAUCUUUUUGGGCAAAACAAUUAAUCUCCAUUAUUCUAUUGGGAGCUCUAGAAUUGCUAUACUUUGUUCCCUAUUACCAAAUAUUUUCCAAUUCAGUUGACUAAUUAAUAGCAUUUCAUUAGGAUCUCUAUAAGUUAGGACUUACCUAGCUAUCAUUUAGCAACAGACUAGUUUACUUCAUUCAAUAAUAUGCUAAUCCAUAGAAUAAUAUUGAUUCUACAACAUUUAAUGAAUUCGAUGCGUGGUUUUAAACUUAUCAAGAUCAAUUCCUAUUUGAACUUCCUUUUGAUGAAACUCAUGAUUCAUCAUCAUUAACAUAUAUGGUGAAUAAUAACAUCUGCGAAAUGGAUGAAAUUGCUCCCAUGAAUAAACUUGGACAUAAGUGUCCUUACAGUAUACAAGAGGGUUAUUCAAAAUUUGUUGUUUCCACUGAGAAUUAAUUAAGGAUAAUGCAAUCGGAAUAUUCUGAUUUCUCUUUGGGAAUUCAAUAAAUAAUGCAAGAUACUGAUUUUUUAGAUAUCAUAAUAGCUUAUGGUUUUGUGUUCCCAUAAUUCAAUAAAAACAGAGACUAUCUAUUUAAAACUUAAAAGCAAAAUAAUGAGCAAUCCAAUACGUAAGCAAUAUUAAUGGCUGUUUUUGUUUUGAUAGCAUUGCUAAUCCUCUUUUCAGUGAUCAUUUUUAUAAUUUCUAAAUAGUUUCUAGCAGUAAUCAAAACUGUGAAAUAGACUCUCUUGAUUUUCUCAAAGGAAUAAAUUGCGAGAAAUAAGCAUCUAGUUUAAAUUUUGAGUAAAGAAGUAACAUUUGAUUGA